AUGAAGCUGCUAAUUAAAAAGUUUAAGCCUUCUGAUAAGCAAACUGAAAAUGAUUAUACAAAUUUGUUAUUUAAAUCUAGAGAACAUAUAAAUAAAUCAGAUUUAGAAUAUGAACUUGAGGCACUAAUUAUUUUAGAGCAACUUCAGCAACCAUUAUAUAAUAUAAAGAUAGCCACAAUUAAUAUAGUGCAAAGACUCUGUUUGGAAAAAGAAUAUAACCAAUCUUUGAUUGAAGAAAUUCCAAGAAAUAAUGAAUUUGCUGGAUCUUCUAAUAAUUUAAUAUUAGAUUUAUAUAGUAAUGAAGAAUUAAGUAAUAUAACUGAAGAGAAUGAACAAGAUAAUGCAACCAAAUUUUUUGUGCUAUCAAACCUGGCUAGAAAAUAUUUAUUAGUUUCAGCUAUGUCAGUCUCUUCUAAACGGUUGUUUUCAGAUACUGGAUUGUAUAUUACAGCAUUGCAUAACAGACUUUACCCAAAUAUGGUUGAACAAAUGAUGUUUCUUAAGCAUAAUAAACAACACUUCUCUAUUUUUAGAUUAAAUGAAUUGUAA